ACAUAAUGGAAUUUUUGGGGGUAGAACCGAGGCCAGUUCUGGCGCUGCGCAUAGCAGACGUGCCACAGGGAGAAGACAAUGUCACGGGUACGCGGAGGAGACGCACCAGACCCGCAGAGGCGCCACACCUGAGCAUCCCCGCCGUUUCCUGUUUGGGAUGACGCGCCCCGCAGCCCCUCAUGUGAGGCUGUAGAAUGGAAGCGAGCCUCUACCCGGUCCCAGCGGCGAACAAGAUGAUGAAAAAGGAGAUCAGCCUGAAUCCGGAGGAGCAGAGCGCGGAGCUGAAGGCGAACCCACUCCGGGACGCGGGGAUUAUAAACUCGCAGGAUUUGGGACUUUUAAAACUGGCCUCUCCGGACCUGGAGCGUCUGAUCAUCCAGUCCCACCCCAACUCCCACUUCAUGUUUCCCAAGUCGGCCAGUGAGGAGCAGGAAUUCGCGGAAGGCUUCGUCAAGGCGCUGGAGGAUCUCCACAAGCAGAACCAGCUGAGCGACGCGUCCCAGGAGCGGCUGGAGCUCCUCGGACCGCCCGGCGCCGCGGGGAUCCAACCCUCCGACCUGCCCGUCUACACCACCCUGAACGGCUAUGGGGCUCCGCUGGGCGCCGCCGUCCACUUCCCCACGGACACGCUCCCCUUCCCGCCGCCGACCCACGCGGCCGCGCUGUCGCGGCUCCAGCAGUCCGGCGGCGGCAUGAAGGACGAGCCUCAGACGGUGCCGGACAUGCAGAGCUGCGGGGACAGCCCCCCGCUGUCUCCCAUCGACAUGGACAACCAGGAGCGCAUCAAGGCGGAGCGCAAGAAGCUGCGCAACAGGAUCGCCGCGUCCAAGUGCCGCAAGAGGAAGCUGGAGCGGAUCUCCCGGCUGGAGGAGAAGGUGAAAACCCUGAAGACGCAGAACACCGAGCUGGCCUCCACGGCCAGCGUGCUGAGGGAGCAGGUGGCCCAGCUCAAGCAGAAGGUGAUGAGCCAUGUGAGCAGCGGCUGCCAGCUUCUCCCGAACCAGGUCCAGGCGUACUGACCUGGGAUCAGCUCUAUUACCCACAUCACAGACUCCUACUGCGCAUGCGCGCUCAUCCUGACCUUAUCUCCUGGAAAUAUCAGCCUGGAUUCACCAGGAAAUGACUUUUUUUAUUUA